GUAGCACAUAGUUUUUAUGGCAUUCUUGUGAUUAAGAAGGAAAUUAUUGUGGUAUCAUAUUAUUUUUUCAUAUUUAUCAGAAAUUGAAACCUUGACAACGUAUUUCUAAACGUUUUUAAAAAUCUUUUGCAAACUGAAGAAUGGUGUGCUUUUGUAAAUCAAGUGGCUUUUUGGAAGUUCUUGCUCACAGUGAAGAUUUUGUAAAAUCCUAUAAAAUACUAAUGAUUAAUCUUCUGUAAGUGACAUAACUGCCAUCUGUAAGAGUAUUUGCCGGAGUGUAGUAAAAAUAUCCUGUUAAUUGUAUACCAUUAUGAUUUGCAUUUAAAUUAACCCCACUGUUUACAAAGGGAGUGCGUAUUCCCCAGCCAUACAAAUUUAUUUGCAAUAGGGAAUUAACUUUCAGAAAGGUGAUUAGUUGUUUAACCUGAUUUAUAGUAGUUUGACUAUGUGAGCAUUUUUUGGUCUUUUUUAUGCACCCUUAACAAAGAAAUACCAGACCUACUUCUGUAGGAAUUUACUUGCCUUAUUAAAGUUAGGUGAAACUCUUGGCUAACAUGGAAAAUUAUAAAUUACAGGCUAUUACCUAAAAAGUUACCAUGUGUAGGGUUUUUACAGUUUAUUAGUAGAAUCAUAUUAUUUCCAUGUAUACCAUUGUGCCAGUUAUAUUUAUUUGCUAUUUAAUGAGUGCCUUCAGACUCUUAGCUCUGCUUAAGAUGUUUUACCAGCCUUACAGUUGUGAGAGAAUCCUUGAAAGUAUAGUAGAAAAUAGUUUAUUUUGAUUAUUUUUUAUGUACAUAAUCUGAAACAACACUUUUCAAAGGUUCAAACUACCGUAACUAAUUUAUCUGCCAACUCCUUAGAGAAAAUGCCUGAAAAUACCUCAGAGAGGCAAGAGGGUGUUUAUAGUAUGAUGAUCACAAUUUUACAGUCCUCCUUCCCAGCAGGACUAUGAGUGGUUGGAUGAACGGCACACCCAGUCUCACUCCAUCCCAGCUUUAUUCAGACCAUCUCCUCUUGAGAGAAUUAAAACAAAUGUAAUAAACCCUGCCUAUGCUAUAGAACCUGGUCAAACAGAGAGCUCGUUACACAUGGGUUAUACUGCCCUGGAAAUAAAGAGUAAAAUGCUGGCAUUGGAGAAAGCGGAUAUGUGUAUCUAUAAUCCUUUGUUUGGAUCUGACCUUCAGUAUACCAAUAGGGUUGACAAAGUGGUAAUAAAUCCAUACUUUGGCCUUGGAGCCCCAGACUAUUCAAAGAUUCAGAUUCCUAAAAGAGAAAAGUGGCAACGUAGCAUGAGCAGUGUCACAGAGGACAAGGAACACCAGUGGGUAGAUGAUUUCCCUCUUCACCGCAGUGCUUGUGAAGGUGACUCUGAUUUACUAAGCCACCUUCUGGAUAAAAAGUUUUCUGUUAAUCAGUUAGAUAGUGACCACUGGGCACCUAUCCAUUAUGCAUGCUGGUACGGAAAAGUUGAAGCCACUCGAAUGCUGUUGGAGAAAGGGAAGUGCAAUCCAAAUCUUUUGAACGGCCAGCUUAGCUCUCCUCUUCAUUUUGCUGCUGGAGGUGGGCAUGCUGAAAUAGUACAAAUUCUACUAAAUCAUCCAGAAAUUGACAGACACAUUACUGAUCAACAAGGAAGAUCUCCACUGAAUGUCUGUGAAGAAAACAAACAAAAUGAGUGGGAAGAAACUGCAAAACUGCUGAAGGAUGCCAUAAAUAAACCUUAUGAGAAGGCACGGAUUUAUCGUAUGGAUGGGUCAUAUCGCUCUGUUGAGUUGAAACAUGGAAACAAUACUACUGUACAGCAGAUAAUGGAGGGAAUGCGUUUGUCUCAAGAAACUCAGCAGUACUUCACUAUCUGGAUCUGUUCUGAGAACCUCAGCCUCCAACUGAAGCCAUACCACAAGCCUUUGCAGCAUAUUCGAGAUUGGCCUGAAAUAUUUACUGAACUAACAAACUUGGAUCCUCAAAGGGAAACUUCACAGCUUUUCCUGAGAAGAGAUGUGAGACUUCCAUUGGAAAUAGAAAAAAAGAUUGAGGAUCCAUUGGCUAUUCUUAUCCUUUUUGAUGAAGCCAGAUAUAAUUUACUGAAAGGUUUCUAUACAUCACCUGAUGCCAAGCUGAUCACACUGGCAAGUCUGCUUCUACAAAUAGUCUAUGGAAAUUAUGAGAGCAAGAAACAUAAACAGGGCUUUCUAAAUGAAGAAAAUCUUAAAUCUAUAGUACCAAUCACUAAACUAAAAAGUAAAGCUCCUCAUUGGACAAACAGGAUACUUCAUGAAUACAAGAAUCUCAGCACCAGUGAAGGUGUAAGUAAAGAGAUGCAUCACCUUCAGCGCAUGUUCUUGCAGAAUUGCUGGGAAAUUCCUACUUAUGGAGCAGCAUUUUUCACAGGACAGAUAUUCACCAAAGCAAGUUCAAGUAGCCAUAAAGUCAUCAAAGUGUAUGUAGGAGUAAAUGUAAAAGGGUUGCACCUCCUCAACAUGGAAACAAAGGCUUUACUCCUCAGCCUAAAGUAUGGUUGCUUUAUGUGGCAGUUGGGAGAUGGAGAUACGUGUUUUCAAAUCCACAGUCUGGAAAACAAAAUGAGCUUUAUAGUACAUACCAAACAGGCAGGUCUCGUUGUGAAACUUCUGAUGAAAUUAAAUGGCCAGUUAAUGCCAAGUGAAAGAAAAUGAAUGAUGGAAAUGAACAAUAGUUAUGAAACAGCAUCUGACAGCUAAGCAAAAACCAACUUAUUUCUCAUCAUAACAGAAGACUUCCAUGUACAUGAAUUUUACACAAUAGAAAAGUCAAUUUGUACAGUUUUUUAACUUUGUACAGAAGCUGCAUGGUUUAUUUUUUUAAAAACUAUACAACUUAUCUAUUAUUUUUAUAAAUAUUUUUGUGUUUUAUGUAUAAGCUAUUGUAGGGCUUGUAGGGCUUGAGCUUAACCAAUAAAGCUAAUGAAAUGUAAAUGGUUUACUGAGUUGGACGAGUACGAAUCAAGUAAGGCUUUUGUUCCCAGGGGACUAUGGGACCACCAGUGCCAUUAAGCAAGUCUCAGUUAACCUAUUUACCUUUCAUGCCAUUCUGUGGAACAUCAAGGAGGUUGUAUAUGUUAUGGUAUUUUGUAGACACACUUUAUUUUUAAGAUACUGUUGAUAAGUAUGCAGUUAGACCUUUGAGCAACUACUUUUGAUAAACUCUUGGUUUUUAUUUGGUUUCUGACAAACGUUACAGCUGGCUUUAUUUUUACUCCUAACUUUCUCAUACUUUGUAUUCAUAUUUAUUCUAAAAUAUUGCAUGAGGAUGUCAAAAGGGAAAUAUUUUAAAUCAUUCAGAAGCCAUAUUAAAUGUUUAGCAUGCUUGUUUUUUAAAAAAAUGGAUUUUUACUUUUGCUGUGCAAUAUUAAAUGUGUAUAUGGAGGGAGGGGUAGAUACAGAUUUACAAAUUAGUCUUACUCAGAGGACUUCAGAAAGUUUAAUAAACCUUACUCUGGAUUGCAACACAUAUGCAGUAAUGAAAACUCAUAUAGGAGGUACUAAGUUAUUUCUGUUAAACUAAUUUUCCUACUGAUUACUUCAGUUUCUUGAGGCUGCAAGCAGUGCAGGAUCCAGGAACGAAGAUUUAUAUUGCAAGAAAGUCAGAUACAGCUUGUAAGCAUUUGGCCUGCUCUUUGCAGAGUCAGGAUUGGGUCUCAACAAGUUGGGUCCAAAGUAUAAGGUGGGACCCUAUGCAGUCUGAAACAUGUCCUUGUAUGUAAAAAUAGUAUCCAUAACAUAAAUCCUUAAAAUAUCUGGUUGUAUUUCAGGGUUUUAAGUGCACUUGACUCUUUCUUCUGUGUAAAACUGCAUGCUAAAACAGUGUGCAAUAUUUUGUAAAAAAGUUUUUAUUAAAAAAAAAUAAAAUUAGCACUUGCCUCUAAGUUUUCAAAUAAAAGUUAAAAUGAAUGUUAGGAACUGUGCUGCUGUAUGGUAACUUUACUCAUACCUUACUAUUAGUAAGUGCAGUUUAAGAAAUUAAAGUAGUAAGCAGUUAAAAAAGUGAACAGGAGACUUAUAUUUUUUAAUCUUCUUAGCAAGCUAUACUUUUCUAGUUAAACUUCACUGGCAUAAGUAACAGUAAAUCUUCAUGGGUUGUUGUAUUUUAUUUAAGGUAGAUAAUGCAAGUCAGGUCCUCCAUAGUGCAUCCUUGCUGUCACUUGGCGCCGGUAUCAGAAAUACACUUCUCUACAUAGUACUUUGUUAGAAAACUAGAGGAAAAAAUGUUAAAACGUCAUUUGCAUAUUUAACAAUACUAUUAAUAUGCCUUAUUGCUGUAUAGUUCUUUCUGCUAAAUUCUUAUUUAUUACUACCUAAUAAACUGUUUGCAACAA